AGCAUUGGGCAUCCCCCGAGCAAGCGGGCCCGGGGCUUCUCCGAGGCCGCCGUCCCGGACCCCGAAGACCCGUUCAGCGCGCACGGGGACUUCACUGCGGACGACUUGGAGGAGCUCGACAUCCUGGCGUCACAGGCCAUGAGCCAGUGCCCGGCCGCGGCUCGGGACGUGUCCAGUAUUCAUAAGGUCCCCAGAUUAGAUGGGAUGUCAAAAAACCCUACAGGGAAAAACAGAGAAAGCGUUCCAGUUAAAGAUAAUUUUGAAUUAGAAGUACUUCAAGGACAAUACAGAGAACUUAGAGAAAAGCUGAAGGCAAUGGAGGAAGAAGUCCUCGUUAAGAAUGGGGAAAUUAAAAUUCUGCGUGACUCCCUGCAUCAGACAGAAUCUAUUCUAGAGGAACAGAGACGAUCACAUUUACUCCUAGAGCAAGAGAAAGCCCAAGUGCUCAGUGAGAAAGAAAAGGAAUUCUCCAAAAAGCUGCAGUCGUUACAGUCUGAGCUCCAGUUUAAAGAUGCAGAGAUGAAUGAAUUAAGGACAAAGCUCCAGAGCAGCGAAAGGGUGAAUAAACUGGCUGCUCCCUCCCUCUCCCGUGUCAGUCCUAGGAAAAGCCCUUCUGUGGGUGUGAAGCCAGAAGCGUGUUCUACACAAUUUGGAAAAACAUCCUUCCCUACAAAGGAGUCUUUUAGUGCCCACAUGUCCCUUUCCCACCCCUGCCAGGCCGAGCCAGGGUACAAGUCUCUGGUGGGCAGAGAAGAUAAGACUCACAGCCUGAGGGGCGACCUCAUAAAGCAAGAAGACGCCCCGAGGAGUCUCAUCAACAGCUGGGUGCAGAGCUCGAACACUCAAGGUUCCAUUUUGAUAAACUUGCUUCUGAAGCAGCCUCUGACCCCAGGGUCACCCCUCGGUCUCUGCCACCUCCUGAGUGGUUAUCCUGAGGCUCCCACUGGCACCCUUCUGCAGCCGUCGGGGUUAGCCAGCACCUUGGCUGGGAUUUCGGGCCUCAGGACUACAGGUUCUCGCGAUAGGCCGUUCUCCCUCUCAGCUCUGAGAGAAGCACAGACCCUGGCACUGACUGGGCUGAACCUGAUCUCCAGAAACGAAGAUUCGGCUGACAGAGACCCAGCAGAGGGAGGCGGAAGGGCCUUCCCGCUGUGCCGGCUGGCCGGCGCCGUGCACCUCCUCCCUCUCGUGCAGCUCUUCAUGGGCGCGUACUGCCAGGCACUGCAGGACCUGGCAGCUGCGAAGAGAAGCGGAGCCCCCGGUGACUCGGCGACGCGCCCCUCCUGCGUGAGCUCCGGGGUGGAGGCCAGCCCUGAGGACUCCCUUUGCAACCUGGAGAGCUGCUCUGUGGCCUCGCUCAGCGUCCUCCAGCACCUGGUGUGCCACAGCGCCGCUGUCGUCUGCCUGCUGCUGUCAGGGGUGGAGGUGGCGUCUGCUGUGGGGGCCGGCUGCAGGGUGCACAGGCAUGGCCCCAGAGAGGGGGCCUCGGCACCAGCGGAGACCAGGGACAGCACCCACUGCUGGAGACGCUGCUUCACGUCCUGGCGCUCUCUUCUGCAGCGGUGGGUCACUCUCAAGCCGGGGUCCUGAGCCAAUGCCUUAAGGUUCUGGUGAAAUUAGCAGAAAACGCACCCUCUGCACUCUUGCCCAGGCUGCGGUGUGUGUUCCGGGUGCUGCCAGCGUGCCUGGGCCCGGAGACGCCCCUGCCGGGCGUGCUGCUGGCUGCUGAGCUCCUCUCCCUCCUGGCAGACCACGACCAGCUGGCGCCUCAGCUCUGCUCCCGCUCCGAAGGCUGCCUCCUGCUGCUGCUGUACACCUAUGUCACCUCACGGCCCGACAAGGCGGCCUCGGACACACAGUGGCUGCAGCUGGAGCAAGAGGCUGUGUGGCUCCUGGCCAAGCUUGGCGUGCGGGGCCCCUCUGUCCCGCUCACAGGCUCCGACUGCCAGUGCAGUGCAGAGGUGGUCCGAGCACUCACGGUGAUGCUGCACCGACAGUGGCUGGCGGUGCGGAGGGCAGGGGGGCCCCCGAGGACCACGCAGCAGAAGCGGACGCGGACGGUGCGCUGCGUGCGGGACACGGUGCUGCUGCUGCACGGCCUGUCCCAGAAGGACAAGCUCUUCUCAGUGCACUGCGUGGAGGCCCUGCACCAGUACGACCAGGUGAUGCCAGGGGUCGGCAUGCUCAUCCGAGGGCUCCCUGACGUGACGGACUGUGAAGAGGCAGCCCUGGAUGACCUCUGUGCCGUGGAGGCCGACGCGGACGAUCCAGAGAUGGACUGCGGCUAAGGCCGGAGGGUGGCACCACCCGCCGUGCCCGUGGCUCAUUAAAGCAGUGGCCGUGGCCAGUGGCCGCCUGGCAUGCCCGCA